AGGCGCACGCUGUUUAAUCAAACUCAUGAAGUUCAAACGCAGACAUGGAGCAGUGGUUAGUUUUACAAUGUAUUCUUACGUUCUGGCUUCUUCCAGAAUUUAUGGGACAUUCUUCACCAGGUGAGCUGUGCAAUGGUGAUAAAUGGUUAUGUGAUGAUGCGAAAUGUAUUGCCAGCUUCUGGCACUGUGAUGGGCAUAGUGACUGCAUGGAUGGCUCGGAUGAAUUGGAUUGUGCCUGCAAGAAAGGGGAGUUCGACUGCAGAGAUCACUCCCACUGUGUGGACAGUUUGCUUGUUUGUGACAAUAACCCUGAUUGUGAUGAUGGCUCUGAUGAAGUGAACUGUCUUGAAAACCAGACCUGUCUCAAAGGGGAGUGGAAAUGCCAGAACAAAAUCUGCAUCGGUCAGGAUCUGCGAUGCAAUGGCGUUGAUGACUGCACUGACAAUUCUGAUGAAGAAAGCUGUGGGAAGUGCAAUGAGCAAGACCUUAGGUGCUCUGAUGGGAAAUGUUUAUCACCAGACAAGAUGUGUGAUGGAAAGGCAGACUGCACAGAUGGGAGAGAUGAGCCAGCUACCUGCGGUUAUGUUUGCACUAAUAAUAACGGUGGUUGCAAUCAGAGUUGUGAAGACGUUCCAUGGGGGGCUCGGUGUGGAUGUACUGAAGGCUGGAUGCUGAAACCAGGAGACGACAGGGCAUGCGAGGAUGUUGAUGAGUGCUCUUUGCCAUAUGAUCCAUGCACCCAGCUUUGCAGCAAUACAGUUGGUUCGUUUGUCUGCAGCUGUGUGAAGGGCUAUCUGCUUCAUCAAGGAACCCUCUGUAUGGCUGAAGAAAACCCCACACUCCUUUUAACAGCACAAGAUAAAAACCUGGGUCUUCUGAACAUUCGGACGGGAAAGUAUGAGAUUCUUGUGGCAAUAAGUGGUUCACCAGGGGCAGUUGCAUAUGAUCUGUCACGCAAUGCAUUUUACUGGGUGGAUGACCAAGAAAUCAUCAAUGUAUAUGUGAGAGGAUACAAUGCAAGUAAAUUGUACCCGGGUGCAGAUGGGGUUCGCAGUCUUGCAGUAGACUGGUUUACAGGACAGCUAUACUGGACAAAUCGCAAGAGAAAAGCCAUAUACGCUGGUGCUGCGGAUGGUAGUGGAUAUGCGACAGUCCUAGGGAAGAACAUAGAUCCAAAGGAGUUAGUUCUGCUGCCUGUUAAAAGUACCAUGUUUUGGAUUAACAAAGGAGGAAAUGGGCAGACUAGUAUUGAGGCAGCUGGAAUGGAUGGCUCUAUGAGAAGAGUAAUAGCAGUCAUCACAGCACAGGAAGCAAGCGGUUUGACACUGGAUUAUACAGUAGAAAGGCUGUAUUGGAUGAGUAAAUACAAGCAGUCUGUGGAAACAGUGAAAGUUGAUGGCACUGGACGCUACUCCUUCCUGCAUGUGUUCCAAAAAGAACGGAGGACUGUGGGCUUUGCGCUGUUUGAGGACUGGUUCUUCUGGUCUGAUGAAAAGCAGUUGUGGCAGGCUUCCCGCAGCCUUCUUAAAGACAAGAUUGCCCUUGUUGAGGCUCCAGGCUCCAUCAUGUCAGUCUUUCAUGAACUACAGCAGCCUAAAGGUUCCUCUCCUUGUACCCAAUCAAACUGCAGCCACAUCUGCCUGCCGUCGCCAGACCAGCAAUUUGGCUAUGUUUGUGCAUGUCCUGAUUGGACAUUUCUUCUGCCCUCUGGAAAAUGCGAGAACCUAAAGGUCAUGUACGCAACGGCAAAAAGUCUGUAUCAAUUGGAGUUUGGGGAAAUGGGUGCUGUCAAGGAGAAAACAUCAGUUCUGACCUUCCUUGAAAACAUCACAUCAUUCGACUUUGACUGGAAGAGAAACUGGAUCUACUGGACAAAUGGAAGUGGGCAGGUAAAACGAGCAAGAGCCAAGGAAGAUGACGCUGAACUCAUCCCAACAUCAUUUCCAGUUUGCUCUAUUAGGGUUGACAUGGAAACUGGAAACCUGUAUUGGUUGUCAUGUGAAGGGCACGAUGUUGGAGCCCUAGAUGGCAGCAAAAAUGAAACCAAGAAGCUGUACCACGCCGGGGAAGUAAUCGUUGAUCUGUUUGUCGAUUGGCCAAGGGGUCGUUUGUACUGGCUGGAAAAGGGCCAGGUUAUUAGGAUGAGUCUGACUGGUGGAAACGUUGAAGAAAUAAUGGAUGCUUCACAAUCUGAAAUUGGUCAAAUAGUAAUGGAUAUAAAAUCCAACAGCUUCAUCUGGAAUGGCGAUCAGUCUGGUUUGCAUGUCAUGAGUGUUCUAAAGAACAAGAUGUACUUUCCAAAAAAAACCCUGAAAGGAUCAACUGUAGCGGCACAUGAGCCGUUCCUGCUGUCCUUACAGGAUGACACCCUCACUCUGUGGGACAGAAGGGAGAUGAAAAUUCUCACAACGGUGGAACUGGAGGAGAGUGAUAUUGUGAGGGUGAUGACUGUGACAAGCGACGUACAAAAAGAUUCAAAAACUUUUAGAAGACCUGCCAGUACUCCUGCUCGUGUUUGUCCUCGGACAUUUGUGCCUUGUAAGGAUGGGAGUGACUGUGUUGCUCAUGACCACCAGUGCGACGGGGAGAAGGACUGCAAGGAUGGCUCGGACGAGGACAACUGUCCCCGGGAAUGCGAUAAGUCUGGAAGUUUUCGGUGUCAUGAUGGAAGAAAGUGCAUUGAAUCGAAGUGGGUUUGUGAUGGAGUCCCGCAGUGUGCUGACGGUUCGGAUGAGGCGGACUGUUGGAAGCCCACCGAAAGCUGUCCCUUCCACUGUGAUAAGACCAAAUGCAUUCCAAACCAUGCUCUAUGUGAUGGUCAUGAAGAUUGCGAUGACAAAACGGAUGAAGAAAACUGUGCCAAUAAAACCCGACCCGUCGGUACUACUCGCGUUUGUCCCAGGACGUUUGUACCUUGCCAGGAUGGAAGUGAAUGCAUUUCCUAUCACCACCUGUGUGACGGAGAGGAGGACUGUCCCGAUGGCUCUGAUGAAAAGAACUGUGUCGCCAGUGUGUGUAAUGAGCCAGGGCAAUUUCAAUGUCUAAGUGACAAGAAGUGCAUUGAAGCAGAGCUAGUUUGUGAUGGAGUACCACAAUGUGUCGAUGGCUUGGAUGAAGCAGACUGUCGGCAACCAACUGCAGAAGACUGUGACUUCCACUGUGACGAUAACACCAAAUGCUUUGCUGGCGUAGUUAUAUGUGAUGGUAAAGAUGACUGCAAUGAUAAAACUGAUGAGAGGAACUGCGAUUCAAAGGCUUUUAAAAGACCUGCCAAUACUCCUGCUCGUGUUUGUCCUUGGACAUUUGUGCCUUGUAAGGAUGGGAGUGACUGUGUUGCUCAUGACCACCAGUGCGACGGGGAGAAGGACUGCAAGGAUGGCUCAGAUGAGGACAACUGUCCCCGGGAAUGCAAUGAGUCUGGAAGUUUUCGUUGUCUUGAUGGAAGAAAGUGCAUUGAAUCGAAGUGGGUUUGUGAUGGAGUCCUGCAGUGUGCUGACGGUUCGGAUGAGGCAGACUGUUGGAAGCCCACCGAAAGCUGUCCCUUCCACUGUGAUAAGACCAAAUGCAUUCCGAACCAUGCUCUAUGUGAUGGUCAUGAAGAUUGCGAUGACAAAACGGAUGAAGAAAACUGUGCCAAUAAAACCCGACCCAUCGGUACUACUCACGUUUGUCCCAGGACGUUUGUACCUUGCCAGGAUGGAAGUGAAUGCAUUUCCUAUCACCACCUGUGUGAUGGAGAGGAGGACUGUCCUGAUGGCUCUGAUGAAAAGAACUGUGUCAGUGUGUGUAAUGAGCCAGGGCAAUUUCAAUGUCUAAGUGACAAGAAGUGCAUUGAAGCAGAGCUGGUUUGUGAUGGAGUGCCGCAGUGUGUCGAUGGCUCAGAUGAAGCAGACUGUCAGCAGCCAACUGCAGAAGACUGCGACUUCCACUGUGACAAUAACACCAAAUGCUUUGCUGGCAGAGUUGUAUGUGAUGGUAAAAAUGACUGUGAUGACAAAACGGAUGAAGCAAACUGCGUUGCUGAAAGACCUUCAACUACACCUGAGCCUCUGAUUUGCCCCAGGGCAUUUGUGCUCUGUCGGGACAAGAGUGACUGUGUUCCUAAUGAUCAGGUUUGUGAUGGGGAGAAUGACUGUCUGGAUGGCUCUGAUGAACACAACUGUCCCAAGGGGUGUCAUGAGCCAGGGCAUUUUCAGUGUCUGCAUGGCAAAAAGUGUAUCGAAGAGAAUCAGGUUUGUGAUGGAGUAUCACAUUGUCUCGAUGGCUCGGAUGAAGCCAACUGCUGGAAACCCACAGAAAACUGUGCCUUCCGCUGCGACGAUAAUGCCAGAUGCUUUCCUGAGCAAUUCCGAUGCGAUGGUGAACACGACUGUGUUGACGGAUUCGAUGAAAGAAACUGCAGUGAAGAGUGUGGUGCUUCAGAGUUUCGGUGCAGCAGCGGUCAGUGCAUUUCCUCGGUCCUGCGCUGCGAUGGAGACGCAGACUGCAGAGACCACUCUGAUGAACUGGACUGCUCUAAACCUCCCCGCUGCCUGUCUGGGAAGAGGUGUCCAGAGAGCAAGGAGUGCUUUAUAGAGGAGUGGCUAUGCGAUGGGGACUUGGAUUGUAAGGAUGGCACUGACGAGAAGAACUGCAAGUUUUCUGAAGUGAAUUGCAGUGAGCUGCAGUGGACCUGUGCCUCAAAAACCCAGUGCAUUCCCAACUCCUGGCGUUGUGAUGGAGAGCAGGACUGCUCGGAUGACAGCGAUGAGACUGGAUGUACCCCAGUGACGUGUCCAAGCCAUCAAUUCCAGUGUGGCUCUCCUGUGGAAUGCCUCAACAUAAGCAUGGUCUGUAAUGGGAUAAACAACUGUGUGGAUGGAUCAGAUGAAGGUGGGGACUGCAACUCUGUUAACUGUGAAAAGAAAUGCUCACAAACCUGCUACAAGACACCCAAUGGAUCAAAGUGUGGCUGUGAGAGGGGAUUUAGACUCGCCAGUGAUGGGCUGUCCUGUGUGGGUAUUGAUGAGUGUGAGGAGCUCCCCCAUGGCUUUUGUAGCCAGACCUGUCGCAACAUGAAUGGGUCGUUCAGCUGUGGCUGUCACCCGGGAUACCUGCUGGAGCUAGACGGUCGCAGGUGUAAAGCAGCUGGCCAGGAGCCAUUUUUGCUAGCAUCUGUCCAGUUUGACUUGCUGCUUUAUGGACUGCGAAGCUUCAAAGAGGAUGUUCUUACUUUCACUGGAAAGAAAAUUAUCUUUUCAGUGGACUAUGAUUGGAAGGAGAAGAAGGUGUUCUGGUUAAGUUUGGAUGCUGAGAGUAUAAAAUGGAUAACGAUGGACAAGAAAAAUAAGGGGACAAUAGUGAAAGGAAUAAAGUCUGAUUGUAUAGCAGUGGACUGGGUGGGUAGGAACCUGUACUGGACGGAUGGAGCUGCUGGACAGAUCUUGGCUGUUAGUCUGUAUUCCAAUUCAACUGGGACCCACAAUUAUACAGUGGUGUUGGAUGAGGAUCUUGAGCAGCCCCGCUCUCUUGUGCUCCAGCCUCUCCGUGGGUUGAUGUACUGGUCUGAAAUUGGAGGAGAGCCACAGAUAGAAAGAGCUGGGAUGGAUGGCUCCAAUAGGAAAAUGCUCAUUACAAAGGGACUCGGGUGGCCUAUUAACCUAGCCCUUGAUUUGCUGAGUGACAGGAUCUUUUGGGCAGAUGACAAAUUCAGAUGCAUUGGCUCAGCAAAUUUAGAUGGCACAGAUAUAAAGUUGUUUCAGCUUCUAGAAACUCCAAGUCCUUUCUCUCUAAGUGUAUUUGAAGAUGUGAUUUACUGGUCUGAUACCAAAAUGAGAACAAUUCAAAAAGCCAACAAAGACACUGGCAAGAAUCGGACUGUCCUUAUUAAACGACUUGGUCAACCCUUUGGACUGAAGGUUAUACAUGAGACACUUCAGCCAAUAGCUUUUAACCCCUGCCAAAAUCUGGGCUGUUCCCAUCUAUGCUUGUUGGGGCCAAAACAGAGUGGAAUGUGCAGAUGUCCCAUUGGAUUCCUGCUGGCUAAUGAUGGCACAACCUGUGUGUUGCCAGCAGACACAGCAUUUCUGUUCCUUGUUUCACCUUCUGUCAUCACUCAGGUUUACCUCAAGAACAUCCAGUCCACUAUUGGCCUGAAGACGUUGCCUGAACACAAAGCUCUCUCUGUCCCCAUCGUCAACCAGAUAACUGCUAUGGAUUAUGUGCUCCAGGACCAGUCUGUGUAUGCUGCUGACUCGGAGGGAGGCUUUAUCGCACUGUUCAAGCUGAAGGAGCAGGAGCUGGUUUUUCGUGGGAAGGUGCUCCAGCUGGAGGGCGACGUGGUGACGUCCCUGGCUGUGGACUGGAUAACCCACAACAUCUACUGGAGCAGCAGGCAGCAACUCAUUCACGUGACCUUAGCCAGCAAGGCCUACACCACCAUCCUCUUCGACAGAGACCUCAGCCAGCCAAAUUCCAUCGCCGUACACCCACCCUCUGGAGUCAUGUGCUUUUCACACAUGCAGGAAGAGGGUAGGAGUGGGGCACCCCAGAUAGAAUGCUCCUACAUGAACGGAAUGAAUCGGAAGCUGCUGUGGAAGAAAGCAACGAUGCCCACUAGCCUGGUGUUUACAGACUCUGGCACUAUGCUUUACUGGGCUGAUGUUGAAACACUUCCUGCUUUGUUGACAGGUGCUGGAGUCAUUGGUUCCAUUUUACUUAAUGGUUUAAAUUACAAAGAGUACAAAACUGGACCGGAGCGUCUUGCUGCUUUUACACACAUUGAAAAGAUGCUCUUCUGGACAACAGUCAAUGAUACAACUAAGGUGUGGUACAGCGAUGGUCUACAAACAAAACAUCUGUGGUUUGAAGUGAAGAAGGAUGUUGUAGAUUUGAAAGUGUACAGCAAGUUUAGUCAACAAGGGACAAACAACUGUGUGGAAAAGAAUGGCGGGUGCAGCCACAUCUGUCUACCUUACCCAGGAGGGAGGACCUGCAAGUGUCAUAUAGGCUACAACUCAACUAAUGCAACAGCCUGUGGGAAGGAUGUGAGGUGCCCAGAGAUGACCAGGCCUUGCAAAGAUGGACGGAAGUGUCUGCUGAGAGAGAGGUUCUGCGAUGGGCAGGCUGACUGCCUGGAUGAAUCUGAUGAGGAGAAUUGUCAUUUAACUGAAGGAACGGUGAAAUCUGGACUCGGGCCUGCAGCUGUUCCACGGAGCCCUCCAUCUCCACAUGCUGACAUUGCUGAAACCAUUCCUACCACCUUUGCCUCAUACCAGAGCAUCAUGACUACGGAAGAGGAGGUUUUGGUUCGAAAUCUGGGAUCCCAGCCUUGUGACAAAGAAAUAUGUCACCUGAAUGGUGACUGUGUGGUGGUUGACAACAAAGUGUCAUGUGACUGCAAGUUGGGUUACACAGGAGAGUUCUGUGAUGGCAAAGUGUUCGAGUCAAUUGCCGUUCCCUUGACGCUGAGUGUUGUUCUUGUCUUGGUAACACUUUUUGUAGCAGGCGUGAUAUAUGCUGUUCUGAAGAGGAAAGCCAGGUUGGCACAAAGGAAUGCACAAGCAGUUGCAACGGAGAGAGACAUGAAGACAAUGGACUCUUCACCAGACCAGGCUUCCAGUCAGACGUUUGCCAAUGAAACCUAUGAUGCUGAGGCGGAACUGAUGAGCCCGUUGGAAACGUAGAAGCCUUUAGAUGUUGCCAGAAUAAAAAUAUAUAUUGUAUUUUGUGUUGACUAAUAAAGUUUGAAGUCUAAGAUAA